AUGGAAGACGUGGACCUCCACGAGUUUCAUCUGCCGAGAAGACGUCGGGACGAUCGUGAAGUCAGCUUCAACACGACGUCGGUCCAGACGGAGCCGAUUCAGAAAAAAGAUGCCCAGACGGAAGCUGAUGAUCACGUCGACGUCGGCUGUCAGACUGUUCAGCAGCCUGCCGAGAAGCCCGACAACGUCAGGAUCGAUCAGAAGGUUUUCCGAGAGAGUGGGAGAACUGCAGAGACACCAGAGGCAGAUAGUGUUCUCAUUUCUCUGGUCUCUCCAAGCCUUCGUUGAUCUCUGAUCUGGCUGUUUUUGAAGCCGGGCUUCGAACUGCGACAGAUUGGGCGAUAGAAAUGAUGCCAGAAAAGAAGUAACUUCCCUUCUCUGGUGUCUCUAGAGCUGCCACAGGCUCUCUUUCAAAGUUUGAAGAGCUAAGAUUUAUUGAAAGAGAGAGAGUGCGUGCGGAGCUGAAGAGAGGUCAGAGAAAAUAAGAGCAUUCACUUCUCUGCGUCUCUUAAAUGCAUAGUUGUUCUCUCACGUUUCUCCGCUUUUUGCCUAUUUUUCCUACAAUUUUUCACUGGGAAGCUCAUAUUUAAAUACUAUCUUUUUCAGGUCGUUGAUAUGAUCAUCGAAGCGUUGAAUGAGAACGAGAAGAUCAACUUUGAUCGACUUUUGCCUUUCCAUUUGCGGGAAAAUGUCCAUCUCGAACAUGUUGCUUCUUAUAAAAUUGACGAGGUUUGAAUUCGGACCCGAAAGUUACAAUAUCUUGCUCUCAGAUCAAUUUCACCGAAGCAGAAUCGGAUGUGAUUGCCAUGCGAUACGGCACUUCUAGAAGAAGUCUUCUUCUGCUUGGAAGCCGGCAUCACGAGACUUUCUGCUCCCACCAACCACGUCUUCUCAUCUCGACGUCUUCUACAGUUGAAUAGAUGAAAACUCUUGACCCGAAGACUCUCCUCAGCAUUGUAGACGACAACUGUACCCUUGGCCGUGUGUCCGUUCUCCGUCGCCUUUCGGUCGGCCUCACAAUUCGCCGUUGGCGAUUCUUCUGGCCGGUUGACCCUUUUCUCAGGACAGAAUGUUGUUCAGGAAGAGAAGGUCGGUAUACCUCGAUUUGGAACUCUUCGGGUCGCACUUAGAACGGCUCUAUGAGGCUGCGCCGCUCUGAUCUCAACUAUGAUUUCAAAGCCGGUUCAGAGAUUUUCUAAACAUGAGUUUCCCAAUCCGAGUAAGAAUGCACAAAUUGGAAAAAGGGUAUGGCUAACAGUGAGCCUAUACCAGUGCGCGUAAACUGCUUUUGGUCGAGUGCAUCUUUAAAGUAACCGCUUUUGAACCGUUGCACGUUAAAGUCAUUCUCCGUGCGACAUUAUUUCGAACUCGUUCACUUUUCUCUCACUACUAUUUCAGAUACAUAACGGUUGCGUGACUAGCAUCGACUUCUCCACUCAUGGAGUUUUGACUAGUUCCGACGAUGGAGAAUUGAAGCUUUCCCAGUUCACCGCCACAGAGUUGGUAACAAUCAAGGUGAUCAUGAGGUUCCGUUUCAAGGAAAUUCCGAGCUUUCAGACUGUCCGAUUGACGGUUGGCGACUUGCCAAGGAACAUCCGAAAAGCGUCGUCUUCGUCGAAGAACGUGGCCAUCGUCAGCGUUCAGAGGUACAAUUUCGAAGUGGAUUUUUUAGGAAGACAAAAUAGUGAUCACUGCAGGGUCAUUUUUGAUAACCUCUUGAUCCCAAAAAGAGAGAUUAAAGUUUGAGUUCCUCUAAAAAUUAUCGAAUUUCUUUAUCUGUAGUUUCGGAAUUAACGUGAAAAACUACAUCUAGUAAAGUUGGGCUCAUUCAGAAGUCGCACUGCGAUUGGAGACCUUAUAAGAUCAACAGUUGAGAAUGAAUGUACAAUUCGUCGCGUUUGGAAGACCCGGCGUCAAAAAAAACUUUUCUGCGUUAAAAUAAUUGAGUUUUGAGUGGAUUAUAUACACUCUUUUGGUAAAAAAAGCGUUAUCUAUUCAAAGACGAAGGAUUUAUCAAACUUUUGAACACAACUAAAAAGAAUUAUUGGCGAGAAAGUGUAUACGGGAAUACCAAAGACUUCAAUUGCACGGUUCGUUUCGUACUUUGAAGUCUGCAACUUUUUUUGAGGAAAAAAGUCCUUCUUUCGUUUAGAAGCGCUUCUGAGGCCGUGGUCGCCACCGAAACUGGCGGAUUGUGGAUCGCGCGGCUGCCGUUGCUCACUCUUCGAUCCGUGGCUUUGCCCGCGCAGCCGAUCCAUUCCGUCCUUUUCCAGUCGCCCUACAUAGCCGUCUGCGCUCAGGGCCAGCCCGUUGUCAUCCUCACAGCCGAGAGUUUCGUCGAACAGCUUCCAAUUUCUGCUACCAUCUCAACUAGGUAAGGAUUUUUUGUUUAACGGCUCACUGAGCGGCGCGAAGGUCGAUUUGACCAAAAAAGGCUCAAUUUUCGGACUUUUUCUGAACUUUGUUCUCUGUCGUAGAUUUUCCUGACAGAUUCAAUUUUCAGUGAAAAACUUGAUGAGAUUAAAGAUCUGCUUUGGAAUUUUUGAGUAUAACUGAAAAAAAAUACGUGAUAAGGUUGAGGUGAACUUCAGUAUUUUCUAAAGUUCUUGCUGGAUAUUUCAAAAAGCAUAGACGAUCUUCAUAGAGUUCUUGAGGCGAAUUGUUAUUUAAGGCGCUUUUCCGUUUCGAAUGAUUUUUAUAAAGUCUACUUCUUAUCCGUUUCAGAUGCGGCUCGCACUUUGUGUUCAGCGACAGCAAACGGAUCGUCAUCUGGUCGUGUGCCUCGGCCAAGAUUUGCUACGACGCCAACUUGCCGUGCACGGCGAUGACGUCAUUCCCACCUGAUACACUUGUGUACCUCGACGAUUCGCAUAACUUGACGACGUUGCUCAUCACGUAUUAUUAG